AGUACCGUGUACCUGUGAACGGCGAGAGCGAGCAACUACAAUAGAAGUCUAUGAUAGUUUCAAAAUGUUUUUUUUAGCGCCGAAUCCAUUAUCACUGACCACCACCACCACGAUAAAAGACAAUGAAUCGCGGCACGAAACAACCAAAGGGGGGAGCCGAGAAAAAGAGAGAGAAAACAAAGAUAGCACGUUUCACAACGCCAGUAUACAAACGAGAAAUCAUCGAGAAAAUGUUUAGAUCCAUUUUUGGACUAAAAUUCUUUGCAAGACCUCGGCCUUCAGGAGAUAUGGACUCUUCUUCGAAGAAGUCCAAACGAAGGAGUGAGAGACCUUCAUCUCCUGAAGACCUCAACCCUCCCACCAUCUUGAGGGAGCACGGACGACGGGGUGAGAGACCUUCGUCUAGUGGAGGCACCAACCCUUCUACCAUCAUGAAGGAGCACAGGCAAAGGGGUGAGAGCCCUUUGUCUUGUGCAGAAAACCAGCCCUCUAUCACCAGGCAGCAAGAACGAAGGAAUGUGAGCUCUUUGUUCAUCGUGGGCACCAACCCUUCUACCAUCAUGAAGGAGCACAGGCAAAAGGGUGAGAGCCCUUUGUCUUGUGCAGAAAACAAGCCCUCUACCACCAGGCAGCAAAUACGAAGGGGUGAGAGCCCUUCCUCUUCAUCCUCUGAAGACGACCAGCCUUCUUCCACGAGGCAGCGAGUACGAAGGUUUGAGAGCCCUUCCUCUUCAUCCUCUGAAGACGACCAGCCUUCUUCCACCAGGCAGCGAGUACGAAGGUUUGAGAGCCCUUCCUCUUCAUCCUCUGAAGACGACCAGCCUUCUACUCCAAGGCGGAAGCAAGCAUGGAGAGGUGAGAGCCCUCCGUCUUCAUCUUCUGAAGACGACCAGCCUUCUUCCACCAGGCAGCGAGUACGAAGGUUUGAGAGCCCUUCGUCUUCAUCCUCUGAAGACGACCAGCCUUCUACUCCAAGGCGGAAGCAAGCAUGGAGAGGUGAGAGCCCUCCGUCUUCAUCUUCUGAAGACGACCAGCCUUCUUCCACCAGGCAGCGAGUACGAAGGUUUGAGAGCCCUUCGUCUUCAUCCUCUGAAGACGACCAGCCUUCUACUCCAAGGCGGCAGCAAGAAAAAAGGGCUGAGAGCCCUUCGUCUUCAUUUUCUGAAGACGACGAGCCUUCUACCACAAGGAGGCAGCAACAACGAAGUAAUUUGUACAUCGUAGACUUCAACCUUUCUACCACCUUUAGGCAGGAUGGAGGAAUUGGUGAGAACCAUCUGCCCUGCGUUGACAUUCACCACCAUAGCAUCUGGUGGGAGCGCGUACGAAGGGUCAACCCUUCAAACACCUUGAGGCAGGACGGAAGUGGUGACAGCCCUUCCUCUACAUUUUCAUCUUCUGAAGACGACGAGCCUUCUACCACAUGGAGUCGGCAAGAAAGAAGGGCUAAUAGCCUGAGAGCGAGAAAGGAGAGGGAGCUCGUUGAAAUACGAAUAAAGAAGGAGAGGAAAACGUUUGGUCUGCUUUCAAGAAUAUACAUUUGGUGGCUCGAAUGGAAGAUAGACCGCAGUGCCAGGGAAAUCCAAUCAACCUGUGAGGAUGCGUGCUACCUCCAGGUUCAUGGUCACCUCAGAAAUCCAGAGAUAAUGGCCAAGAUCCAAAAAGAGCUGCUUGACCGAAGGAAUGAGCUGGCCGUUUCAUAUCGCAGACAAGUAUUUAAGUUGGAGAUGGAAGUGAGGAAGCAAAUACUGAAGGUAGAGAGGAAAAAAUAGAUAUGAAGAAGAUGGAGAAUAUCUCUGAGUUAUGCCACAACUCAGAAAGACCAGAUAUGUUAAAUCUUCGCUACGGGCCAAUGCCAGUCAGGCACGCAAACUCGGACUUGCUAACAUAUAUCAUUUAAGAGAAUAGGAGAGCAAUCAGAAAAAUGGCACCAAAUAGAGAGAGGUAAUUGAGGGAAACGGCAAACAUUUCAGAUUUGACAAAACUGAAGUAAAGAAA